GUUCGAGUUAAGUAUUUUAGUAAUAAAGAUAUGAAGUUAUGCAUAUAUUUAGACCUCUAAACCAAACCGUGCUGGUAGAAGGAUAUGUUUUGGUGAAUGGUUAUGAAACUCUGAAGGUGGGAGUGCAUCCCUCUUUGUUUUUGAUUUUGUGAGCACUCUGUCUUUUGCGUUUGAUGAUAGCGAGUUGGAGAAGAUCUCUAAUUUCAGCUUUCAUUGAAGUAGAUGUAAUCGUUUUCUUCCUCUUCCUGAUGAAUGUGACAUCAUCUUCAUUUAUAUUUAAUGAGUCCAUAUUAAGAACUCCUGUAGCUGAAUUGUUAAAGCUUGUGAAAUCAUAAUCAUUUGAGGAAAGUUUCUUUAAAGCUCCGACAUCUUCAGAUAUUUUUAUCUUUAAUUGUUUCCUUUUGGGCAAGCUCGUCGGGGCAGAUUUCAAUCUGUCCCUAUUAUCCUUCAUUCUUAGGGGGUUAUUGCUCAUAUUCUUUUCAAGAGCACUUCACAUCUUCACCUGUGCGAGGAAGACUCCUUCAUCAAGUAAUUCAUCAGGCAAGUUCUCUUCAGAUCUCUGGUUGGCAUCAGCCAUGUCGAAAGAAAAAUCCAUUUUAGU